AUGGUCUGGCAAGUGGAUUUGAAAGGAAAGACGAUCGUGGUCACUGGAGGUAAUCGAGGAAUUGGUUUAGCAAUCAGUGAACAAGUUGCUCAAGCGGGUGCACAUGUGGCUAUCAUCUACCGAACGAGUAAAGAUGCCCCCGAAGUAGCCAAGAAGAUCUCCGAUAAGUACGAUGUACAUUGCGAGGCAUACCAAGCAGAUGUUGCUGAUCAACAAGCUAUAACCGAGCUAUUCAAGAAGAUAUACUUCGAUGUUGGACCUAUAGGAGGUGUAGUUUGCAACGCAGGUAUAAAUUACAAGAAAGACGCUUUGGAAUAUACCAAAGAAGAUUUCGAUAAUCAUUUUGGACCUAACGUCUGGGGUGUGUUCACUUGCGCUCAAGCCGCUCAAAAAUUAUGGAAAGAACAUGAUUAUAAGAAUGGAAGAAUCGUUUUCGUCUCUUCUGUAUCUGGAACUAUAGCGAAUAAGGGUGAACAGCAAGCUUUCUAUAAUCCUACUAAGGCAGCCGUCAACUCCCUUGCUCAGACCUUGGCCAUGGAAUGGGCACCACAAGGAACUCUUGUCAACGUCCUUUCCCCUGGAUACGUACUUACCGAUAUGAACUCCAGUUUGAGAGAUGACAAGGAACUUAGGGAAAAGGUAGCUUCGGAUGUCAUGCUGAACAGGAUCAGUGAGCCUUACGAACAGGCUGGUACUGCCGUGUUCCUCUUAUCAGAUUAUGCUUCAUAUAUUACUGGAACCCAACUAAUCGUAGAUGGAGGUUUACACCAUUGGUAA